CAACAAACCUUGAAUUUCCACUCUUGAGACUUAGAUGCCCUUUCACAAAUCCCUGAGAUGAUGACUGGCUUAUCUAACAUGGGAAUUCUCUUCCUGAGUACUGUGUGUGUGAAUGGAAAGUAUGGAUGUAGCUCUUUGCACUUUGCACCACCCUCUUUGAGUUCAUGGCAACUGGGACACUGGAAGUCUAUGUCCUCAGCACAGGCCUUGUCCAUGAGCCACUGCACUAAUCCUAAGCAGGGGUCACACAUGAUGCGAGGGCAGGAAUAGCACUUGAAUAUGUAUUUAGCUCCAUUGUGGCAAAGGUAGCAAUACCAGUUAUGCCACUCCUCAGCCAGAGGGGACUGUCCCUGAGAGGAUGGAAUGGAUGUCAAUGAACUCAGUGUUGAAGCCUUUGAGGUGGACU